CGUAUUGUAUAGUGGUGCUUCCAUUGAUUACUUCAUCGUCGUGUAAUUCGUUAGUCUGUUCGGUGUACUUCUACUGAUGUCAUGUUCAGUGGUGUCCUCUUUGUUCGUGGCGUAUCUUUUCAUGGCGUUUUAAUGCCCCAAACAUAACUUUGAUUGAAAAUCGAUCAUGCCAAAAAUUAUUUGAUGAAAAACGGCCAACAAAUUAUAAUCAUGAACGAAUAAAGACACUGUAUUAUACUUCAUUUUAUUAUUUUCUACAUGUAUGCAUGCUGAAUAAAAGAGUUAUUCCGGCUAUUUAAUCAACAGAUUAUUUUAUUUUAUUGAGAUAUUAUUUGAGAAAAAAUGGAAAAAAAUACUCAUUAUAUAGAGACUACAUUUAUGAAAUAUGAACAUCCAAAAUAUUUGUGGUCUGUCGAAGAAUUCUUUGAUGAUACAGUAAAAAUAUCACCCAUGUUUCUAUUGCCAUCUUGUUCAUAUGCAGUCACAAUGAUGUAUCAAAAUGAUGAUCUUAUUCUGCAAUUUGAUUUUAAGAAGAACCAUUAUGGUGGAUAUUUAUUUGUUAUAUGUAAUAUAUUACAUUUAGAACAAGCAAGACAGAUUAUAGAUAAGACCCAUAAAAUAAUUAAAUAUGAAGAUCUGAUGUUAGAUGAAGAAGAAUUUGAUGUGUCACUUGAAGUCACUCAUAUAUUUCCUGUGACUAAACAAUUGCCCAAUUUCAAGUUAAAACAAUUACCAACAAUAAUGAGACAUAUAACUUCAUUGCAAAGUAAUUCAGAAUUAAGUGAUCUAUCAAUUUAUGUUGAAGAUUCAGUGUUUCCUGUGCAUAAAUGUAUACUUGCAGCACAUAGUCCUAUAUUUAGAAACAUGUUCACAAUUGGAAUGAAAGAACAAAAAGAUAAGAAAAUUUAUAUAACUAAUAUAGCAAAAGAAACAUGUAACUCUAUGUUGUCUUAUAUUUAUACUAACAAAUUUAAUGAUUUAGAUAAUAUUGCAAAUAAUCUUAUUUUUAUAGCUGACAUGUAUAACAUACAAGAUUUGGUAGAAUUAUGUAAAGAAACUUUGAUCAAGAGCAUGAAUGUAGAAAAUGUGUUUGACACUCUUAUUAUUGCAGAUGACUUACAUAUAAGAGAUCUAGAAUUACACUGUCUUCAAUAUAUAUCAAAAAACAGGAAAAAUAUUAAUUCAAAGAAGGAAUAUGAAGACAUAAAGAAAUAUUCAAAUAUAGUAAUCAAACUUGUGGAUUUCAUGAUGAACUAAAAAUACUUUAUUAUUUUAUCAAAAACUUAGUGUAUUAAAUUAAUAGAAAUAACUAAUAAAUUCUUAAUAAAUUC